ACCCAGAUCGCACGAUGCGCACAAUCUAUGCGCCCAGCACGCAGCUCAGCAGACGGCGAUAACGAACACGUCUGCUUACAGACUCGAUGCAAAGUAUUGUUAAAGCAUAGUAGAUGCUGUGAGUGGGUGAGCUCGUGUGUGAAUGGUGGCAGUAGCAAACAAUAGGAACUCGACAUGGCCACCUUUCUGUCUCCAAGUCGGUGCCGCUGCCUCGCAAGCACAUGCAAUGUAGUUAGUUUAGCUCAGUUUCGAUGGCAGUCAGGACUACCCCCCUGAAAGUAAAAACACUUGACAGAACCAUGGAACUCCGUUCUGCCGAGAAUAGAACAGAUAGUGAACGCCGGCCCUUAGCCGUGCUGUUUGGCUGGCUGCAGGCAAAGAAGCGUCACAUAAAUAAAUAUGGCAAUUUGUACCUGAGCAAAGGCUUUGAUGUCGUGACGGUACAGGUGCCACCAUCUCAAGUCCUAUGGCCACGGCACACACAAGCGAAAAUCUCCAAGCUUCUUUCAUUGCUGCAGGAGAUCAGCAAACCAUCACGUCCCAUUGUGACUCAUGGAUUUUCGGUUGGAGGUUACCUCUAUGGUGAAAUGCUGCUGAAGCUGGAGCAGCAGCCUGAUAAAUAUGCAGACAUCCGUAGCCGUUUGGUGGGACAGGUAUUUGACAGCCCGGUUGACUUUGAAGGUGUUCCUAGAGGGUUCUCCAAUGUAUUGGUCAGUAAUCCAUUGCUUCGAUCAACUCUACGCAAGUUGCUUGAGACCUAUCUGAAAGUCAUGCAGUCCCAGGUCACAAAUCACUAUUUACAGUCAUCGAAGGCAUUUCACAAUAACAGCCUGGACCUACCAUCUCUCUUUCUGUACUCUCGCAUUGAUCCCAUUGGAGUUGCUGAGAUCAUUGAGGGGGUGAUGGACAAGUGGCAGAAAAAGGGUGUGGCUGUCAGUCACAAGUGCUGGGAGCGAACGCCACAUGUCAGCCAUUUUCAUCAUCACCCAGAUCAGUAUGUUGAGGCUUUGAUAACGUUUCUGGAAUCUCUUGGAUUCUUCACUCCUGAGCAGCAAGAGUUGGAAAGAGAAAAAGAUUUGCAAGGCAAGCAGCAAGCCUCAACUGUAAGUGGUGUCAUCAGAGAGUAAAAGGCUAUCUGCAUUUAACCAUCUUUGUCUGCUUUUUUUCUUUCUUUUAGAUUUAAACAAUCUAAAUAAGUGAUAGGUGAUGAAAGGUUAAGAAAAUUAAUGUUCAGUUACCAUAAUGCUUGAAGAACUGUGUUUGUCAGUUCUUUACUUUUGGGACCAGACAGUGGGGGUUGUGAAAAUGUAUUUUAAUUUUUUAAGCUGCUUAAUUUUUGCUUUUGCUUAAAACUGCAAAGAAUGUGUUUCCAUUAUUUAUUACGACAUACACUCUAAAGAGCAUUUGAGAGUUUGCUGAAUCAUGGACAGCAAGCAGAGUGGAGCACUACUUGGGUGUUGUGCAGAUGUUGUAUUUAUGAUACAUUUUUUUACAGUCAUAUUAUGUCAUGUUGUAUUGCAUUUUCCCUGUGGUACUAAUAUCACGGUUUUUUUUCAUUUAUAGUUAAAACAAUGUUGACAUGCACAGGCACACACACAAAUAAGAAUGCCCGCACACACACUCAAGUGAUGGAAUAUGUAGAGGAACACAAAAGCUGUUAUGCUAGUUAGUUGCAGACUCAUUUUCACAAUAACCAUUAUAUAAGGAAAAAGUACCACGAAAGUUAACAGGGUUAAGGUCCAUUACUAUUCCCCUCUAAGUUCACAGAUAGGAAGUUAGGGUUUCUGUUUCAUGUCUGUACUUCUUGUUUGAAAGAUCUAGAUUAUUUGUUAGGUCACCUGUAACUAAAUGAGAGAUUGAUCAAAUUUUUCUCUGUACAGUCCUAAUUUUUAAGAUUUGGCCAUUAUUAGAUAUAUUUACUACAACUGGCAAGUUCUACUAUUCUGGGGAAUGUUCCUUCAGUUUCUUGACAGUGAACUAUUAUUUUUUUUAAAGCACUACUUGGCACUAUAUUGAGUAGACCAUAAAAUGGAUGUCUUAACAAAUUUUUCAUGUAGGUUAAAAAAGGAUUUUUUAAAAAAUUAAUAUUCAGUGACCUUUAAUUAUGCAUUUACAUGCAAUGAAUCACAUCUGGCAGUGAUUCAUCCUGUUGAAAAUCCAUGAAAAUCGUGACUAAUCAAAAAAAAAAAGAAAAUGGAACAACAAAAGAAAAGACAGUCAUAAAGAUAGUGAAAGCCUUUGACCAUUUGCUUUGAGGUGAAAUAAUAAAACAUAUUUCAAAAUAUCAGGAUGGUUUCAGUCUUAAGAACUGAACGUAGUGAAAGAGCAGAUUUUCAUCUUUUAUGCUAUUGUAUUUUGCCAUCUCAGUAGCCAUAAACUCGAUUAUUUUCUUUUUUGGUAUGACAAAAUACAAGUGGAAUCCUACUUCGAAAUAAAACCUUCAUGCUUGUCAAAUUAUUGGGCAUUGUUUGCUUCUUGCCUUUUAUGUUCAGCAUGGUGCUUUUCUGCAACAAACAGAAUGCAGGGAUAUUGCAUACUUUGAAAUAGCUGCUGAUGAAAUUGUUUAAAUCUUGGUACAUUUUUAUAAUCUGCUGUUAGCUACAUCAGACGUGAACCAUAAAAUUUGUAGAUUGUGCAUGUGCGACAUUUGCUGAUAGCUGUUGAGCACCAUUUGUUGGUUGACUAGAACAUGUACAUGCUGACAUUUUACUCUGUUUACUUUAAAGCCAAUGAUAAUUCGCAUAGGAGCAAAGUCCACCUUAUUUGUUGUUUAAAGGUCAACUUCAGAAUCUUUUCUGUUGUAACUUAGCUUUCAGAACAGGUAAAACAGUUGUUGCUCUGAAAGUAUUUUCAUUUCUUUUUUUUGAUUUAUAAGGAGUCAGAAUCAAACAUAUGUUUGGUAUUUGAAUGCUAAUGGUUGUUGAUAUUAUGAAAAAAAUGGUACAUUGUAAUGCACAACAGUUCUGGAACAGAAUGAAACUUAAACCUCAAAGAAAUUGUCUGGGGUUUUUGAGCAGAUUUUGAAUUGCAGGUGCUGCAGCUUAAUCAGAAUGCAUGUAUUUUCUUUCUGUUGCAUGUAGAAAGAUUAGUGCAAAUCAGAAACACAGUUUUGUCCUUGUCAUUUUUUUCUGCUUGGUAAUCCAGAAUGCAGGAACUUAAGAGAAUCCUUGUAAAGUCUGCAGACAUAGGCAUGGCUUUUCUGUAAAAAAAAAAAAAGCCAAAACCAAAAAUUGAUGUUAUGCAUGAUCUUGUCCAGUUGUAUACUGUGUAUACAGUAGUCAUUUAUUGUUUGUAAUUUUACUUGUCCGAGCUUAUUUAAUAAUGUUAUUUGAACAAAAUACUGGGUUUUUUAAUUCUUACACAUUUGUGUGCACUUAAGUUAGGAAGAGCCACAAUAAUUGUUACUUAGUUAAUUAUUUGCAAGAUGUGUCCUUGUAUAUUAGCACAAAUUCUGUCUGUAAUUUAAUGUGUACACACUUUCAGAUAUUUGGAGAAAAGAUUCAUAUCAGACAAUCAAUGCUGAACAGAACUUGAUUUGUGAGCCUCCUGGAAUUGGCUAGUAGAUAUGCAAGGUCUGAAGAUGAUUAGAUAAUUUCUUUACAAAGACAAAAUAUUUUACAUAUCUUAGUUAAUUUUGCAAUGUUUAUUUUGCAAAUAUUGCAUAGUUGCCCAAAACUGUAUAAAGCAGAAAUAUCUGUUGGUUAUAUGCAGCCCUUUACACCUGCUUUGGUUUAAGUAAGGUGACCAGACGUUUCUGGGGCGAAAGCGGGACACGCGCCGAUGAUGGUGUUGUCACCGUCAAAGAACGCCAAAAAAAGUGAUUUUUAAGGACAACGGGGACAUUUGAUGGACUUGGCAGAAAGCCAGAAAGCGGGACAUUGGGCAUCCUGCCCGAUGAGCAGGCGGGACACGAGGUCAAAAGCGGGACUGUCCCGCCUAAUGCGGGACGUCUGGUCACCUUAGUUUAAGCAUAGGUUUUAAUGCUUUUAUCCAGCUACCUGGUCAAAAACAUUUUACACCAGAUUUACAGGGCGCAUCUGAUCAAAAUUGAUGCAAGGAACAUGUAUUAAUGAAUGGCCAAAGGUGUUCUACUAUUGUAGUGCAGUUGUUAAUUCCCUACCCCCAUUCUGUGUAACUAACAUUUGGCAUUAUCUAGCACCUUCUAUCAUACUAUAGCAUACAAGUUUUUGGACAUUUUCUCUUUGCAUUUGAUAUUUUGUAUUUUGCUGUUGGUGUUUUAUGAUGAGUUUUGCCUUCUUUUAUUUGGAGAUUUGUAGAACUUCAUUCAGUCAUGAAUUUUAUCAAAGAAAAGAAAGUGAAGGGAAGGGGGAGAAAAUGAGGGUGAAGAAUGGGGAAGGAAUGAGUAAGAAAGAUUUUUUUUGUUAAGUUCUGACUGAUUUGCAGGAUAUGUUUUCCCAUUCCAUUAUGUAUGUGGGGUUUUUCAUUCUUGGAUUCUACUUUUGCCAAAUUUAACCAUUUUAAUGCUGGUGAUGUAAACAAAGAAAAAGCAGUUGCUGAUGUGCACCACACUACAGCUAGAGCUGUGACCAGGGCUCAUUCAUGAAGCACCUAUCUAUAUCAUUUACCUGAGUUGGGUAAUUGGUUAACUGGAAAUAGCAGCUAGAACCCUGUAUUCCUGGAAGCAAGGUUAGGUCUACUUGUUUUACCAGCCAGUAUUUUAUUGAAGUCUCCUUCCAAUAACUCUCCGGCCUAGGUUAUACAUGGCAGAAAUGAUGAAUACUUGAGGAAUAUCAUUUAGUCAGAAUGAAUAAAUUUUACUUUCUAUAGCUUCUUGUUUUUAUGGGGUUUUUGUGCUUCUAAUUUUGUUUCAUCCUGAUCCAAAUCCACAUUUACAGUAAGCCCUUUAAAGGGAAUUCUUACUAAUCCAGUUGGGUAAUUUCACCUCCUCAUUUGCUCAUGAAUCAUAAAUUAGUUUGCCUGCUGGGACAUUUUAACCAGUUGGUUCUCUUCACAUAAACUGCCGAUGUUCAUGGUUAUGAACCCAGGAAGGAAAAAGUUGUAUUCUGUAGUUGAGUAUCAUUGUUGGUUUUUGAACAUGCAGUAUCAUUUGUUUAUUGACAGUUCCAUUCAAGAGGACACUGAAAUUUCAUAGAUUUUGCUUGGCUCCUGUGGAGUGUACUUUUGCUUUUUACGGAGUGGGAAGCAGAUAGCUGAGUGGUUAGAGUGCCAACAUCCCAACUGAGAGCACACUAGUUCAAUACCUGAUUAGCACAGCAAACUUCCUUCAGUUGCCCCAGCAAUGGGAACCUGGCACCAUAGUGGGUUAGGUAAAGUAAGGCAAUGAGGGAGAGGAGAUGGGCACUGCCCUCGUGUAAAGCUGGCCCUGAGAAGAGUAAAGUCUCCAAUACCUUAUCCCCAAAGACCUGAAAAGGUUAUGUGAUGACCUUCACCUUUUUACCAAGUGGUGCAGCAGUGCAAUACUUAGAAAGAAGUCGGGAUCGUCUAUUUGUAGGUUGUUGUUUGACUAGUUCCCUUCUGCAGGGCUAGUCUAGCUCACUGUGAUAUACUCUUAAAGUUACUUUCUUCCCAUAAAUGUCACUCAAGACAUACCAAGAUAUGUUUAUGCAUUAAUACCAGUCUUUAUUUCUAAAACUUUAGGCACACAAAAAAUGUGUUUGCUCAUCAAGCAUCUUCUUGUACUUCAUAGUCACUAUAAAAACAUGCUAUUUAUCCUCAUACCCUGCAUGUCUUAUUCCCCUUCUCUUGCAAUUGAAUUUUUAUGAUCAGAGCUGUUUAAAUAAUAAAAAGCACUUGUAGUGAGCUUAAACUAGCACAAAAAUAACAACAGUUUGAAAACUACAGAAACAAAGGACGGAAGAAAAAGGGUGGGAGGUGGGAAGACAGUAAAGAAACGAGAUCACCAACUAUUGGGAGUAUUCACUUGAAAGCUUCAAAUGAUGAAAUGUUUUUAAGUUGUCCAGUUUUCUAGCAUUUUUAAUCUUGUUAAUAUGCUUUGUUUUUAUGUCUGUUUAAAAAAUGUAAGUUGUAUAUAUCUCUUUGUCGUUACAUUUCAUUAUGAGUUUGUGAGGGCUUCUUUGCCACCCAUCAAAUACAAGCUUGUUCAGUGGGGUUAAAAGUCUCCAGCUCCAAAAAUGUGAAAUGACCUCAAAACUUUACAAGAAUAUGCUUUAUGAACAUAUUGAGGUCCUAGUGGUGAAUUUUCCCUGCAUAAUUAAAGCUUUGCUAUCAAUGCUGGCAUUACAGUAGUACAGCAAUGUUAUUGAAUAUAAGUUUAUGAUGAACCUGUUGAUUUUCAUUAUUAGCUUAAUUUUAUGAGAAGAUGGGUGCAAACAUGCACACCAUUAUAUACAUGAAACGUACAUGCAGAGGGAAAGUCAAGGGGAAAUAAAUCCAUGCACACACAUGUACAUAUGAAUAUUUUGUUGAACAGGGGAUUUGAGUAAUAGUAUGCAAUGACUUCAUCAUCUCAAAAUUACAGCCAGUCAACUGUCUCAGACAUAAGAUUUUUAUUUUGUUGUGAGUGAACUCAGCUUGUCAUUACAAUUGUGUAAAUUUUUUUAUGGAUCCUGAAUAAAAAUAACAUGGUUA